AUGGUCCUUACCGACGAACAAAAGAAAAUUGUCCAAUCGACAGCACCAGUUUUAAAAGAACAUGGAAAACAAAUAACAUCAGUAUUUUAUCAGCAUGUACAAGAAGCUCAUCCAGAACUUCGAAACAUUUUCAAUCAAUCAAAUCAAACAACAGGCAGCCAACCUCUGGCAUUGGCAUUCACCCUCUAUUGUGCUGCGGAACAUAUUAAUCAUUUAGAUGUUCUCAUGCCACAAGUAGAACAAAUUGCUUACAAACAUCGUGCUCUUCUAGUUAAACCGGAACAUUAUCCUAUUGUCGGAAAAUUUUUAUUAGAAGCAAUUGCUGAAGUUUUGGGCGCCAAAGCGACACCGGAAAUAUUAGAAGCAUGGAAAGCUGCAUACAGUGUUAUUUCUUCGAUCUUUAUCGGUUUGGAGAAGAAAUUGUAUGCCAAACUUGGAGACGAUGAACGAGAUAAAGGUUUUAUUUCAUUUAAGAUUGUUAGUAAAGAAACAGUUGCUGCUGGGCCUACUGUCGCAUUGACACUCGAACGUGCAGAUGGUGGCAAAUUAUUCGACUACAUCCCAGGACAAUAUAUUGCAGUACGUCUUGAAAAAGGUGGUUUGUUUCAUAAUCGACUCUAUGGUUUGACUGAGCCAUCCAAUGGCAAGACAUACAGCAUCGUUGUGAAACAAGAAGCUGACAAUGCACCGAAUGCCACAAUCUCGAAUGAAAUUAUUAACAACCUCAAUGUUGGUGGUACGAUUUUAGCUACAAAUCCUUCGGGCAAUUUUACACUUGUCAACGAUGCCAAACAUAAUUUAUUCAUCGCUGGCGGUGUCGGUAUUGGCCCUCUCUCGACUAUGGUUCAAUAUUUGAGUGCAAAUGGAAAAUCAUCUUCGGGAUCAUUGAUUCACUGUGUACGCACUGCAGGUCAUGCUAUUUUCGCUGAUAAAUUACGUGCUGCUCUUCCAGCAGGACAAUACGUACUAUUAACAGCGGAUCAGCCAAUAUCGAAAGCAAUUCUUGCAGGCAAAUUACAACCAGAUACACAAGUUUAUGUGAGUGGCUCAGAAGCUUUUAUCAGCAUCGUUGAUGCUGUUCUCGUGGAAUGUGCUCAUCCAAAAUCACAAAUUCAUACAGAAGCAAUUGGACCAUCACUCAGCAUAUUAAAAAGAUGCUGCUAA